UCAAGUUUGAAAGAAUAAGCGCGCAUGCGCGCAUUGUUUCUCGAUAUUUCUUCACGUGGAGCAGUGUACCUGCUACAAGCAAGCGUGUCCCUGAAACCUCCAGUCACUGUGAGCUAAGACGGCGAGGGCUUGCAAAUAUUUCUUAAACACACUGAAAUGGCGUUCAGGAAGUUCCUCCCCCUGUUUGACCGUGUGCUGGUGGAGCGGCUUGCCGCGGAGACGGUGACCCGGGGCGGCAUCAUGCUUCCGGAGAAGUCCCAGGGGAAGGUGCUCCAGGCCACGGUGGUGGCCGUGGGCCCUGGCACCACCAACAAGGACGGAGACACUCGGCCAGUCUGUGUUACCGUUGGAGAGAAGGUCCUAUUGCCUGAAUAUGGAGGAACUAAAGUUAUUCUGGAUGACAAGGAUUACUUCCUGUUCCGUGAUGCCGAUAUCCUGGGCAAAUAUGUAGAUUAACGUCCUCUCCUGACCUUUGACCCCCGAAUCCACUGCAUCUGGAGGAGAAGCGAAGAGAAAAUAAUGGCGCUUCUGUGUAUUUUCUAUGUUGUUCAAUUGUACAUAAUUGUUUUCUUAUAAUAAAGUGAACGUUUGGGUCCACAUGGGCAGCACGGUUGUUUUUCCCCCAUAAUGAGUAGGGUCACUAGUUUGUCUCGUAUGUACUUCCAUUAUCCUGAGUGUGGCAACCCAACUGACCGCAUUAAUUACCACUAAUCAAACAUGGGCAAUGACUGACAACAGUGUUUGAAUGUUAAUGUUAAAACGGCAGUGUUUUUGAGUGUUAGUUUUUGUUUUAAGCACUGUGGGAAUAUACAGUAAAUGUGAGCAGUUGUGCAUUUAACUUGCUCAGAAAUGACCUGGUAUUGAAAAUAUUUUCCAGCAGAGGCAUAUAUUUGAUAUGUGGUAUCUAUAUUAAAAGUGGUGAAUAUCAUGUACACCGUUCAAAUGUAAAAAGUAAAGGUUCUAAUUGAUUACAUUUGA